AUGGCUCCAUUACUUCAGAGUCUUUUUGCACGUCGCGAGUUCGACCCUGGCGCUCCAGCCCAUGCGUUCGCCGAGGAAUGGUCUAAUCCGUCAAACUAUGCAUUCACCAUCCUGCUCUUACUCGGCGGUGAUUUGAUAAAUCGCGCUCUAGCACAGCUAGCAGGUGGCAUGAUUACCCCUGUAGCUUUUUCAUUUGGCUGGGUUUCUUACGCGACUGCAUCUGUCUGCUCAGCGCUCGGCGAGUACAAGCUCAUGCCCGAUGCCGAUACUGGAUGUUGCAUCAUCAAUGGCAAAAAUGGCUUUGUGCGCGGAAACAAUUCAUGGGUCCUUGGACGCAUGAUGCGAGACUAUGAGUAUUGGAUGGGAAAGCCCGUCGAGGAUAAAACAGACUCUCUCAUUGAAGCCCGAUGGAAAUUUGACCAACAGAAAGAAGCACAAGAAUACCCCGGCUCAGGCAUCCAAGUACCUCGUCCCUCUCAAGCUGGUCUGGUUGUAAGCUUCUGGAAGCCCAGCACAACAAUCCCCCAUGGAGAACCCGGCCACGAUAUACUCCAUUGGUCCGGCUUGGUUGUCACUGUCGUUCAGCUAGGAAUUGCUGCCAUACCACUGGGUCUGACGGGUGACUGGGGAGUCUUGAUGAUUACCGGUGCUGCCAACAUUCUCUGCUAUUUUACCGGGGCCCUUUCGCAAUGGAAAAUCGAAAAAUGGGCCUGUCGGCGCUUGGAUCAUCGAAGCAACAAAAAUUUUGUACUUACGCGCGGGAACGGAGCCCAACAUGCGAUUGCCAUUAUCAGCAAUGGGCAUGGCUUGGAUCUGGAGGAUCUUGCCACUGGGUUUGCUAACAUUGACUCGCCAACCAUCACAGUAUUUGCACAGCUCAGCGUCAUCGUCCUCGGGGUCUUGUGGGUUGCACUGCUGAUCACUGCAUCAGGUCUGCUGGAUGACUCGUGGUAUCUAAUUGCCGUGGGAGGUAUAGGAAUGCUACAAAACAUUUUCGUCGCUGGCUGGAAGCGGACCCCACAGGCAUAUGGUGUGCCGCUUGAAUUCAUUGAUGUUGUAGGUGAUGUAAAGGUUAUGAAAACGCUCAUGGAGGUCGAGCGAAGAUACGAAAAGCUAGGUAAAAGCAUGUUGGGCACGUUCUUCCCUGGUGACCUGAGAGAAAACGAAGUGAACGAGUGGGCUGCUAUUGCAGCAGAAUGGAAGGAGAAAAAGGCUCAAGCUGCUAACUGA